AUGGCCAGUUUUCAAGAUAUUGGUUUGUCAGCAGCGAUUAAUCUUCUGUCUGCAUUUGCAUUCCUUGUGGCAUUUGCAAUUCUAAGGCUUCAGCCGGUUAAUGAUAGAGUUUACUUCCCGAAAUGGUAUCUGAAAGGGAUAAGGGGCAGUCCAACGCACUCUGGAGCCAUUGUUAGCAGAUUUGUCAACUUACACUGUAGUACAUAUAUAAGGUUUCUCAAUUGGAUGCCUGCAGCACUUAGAAUGCCACAACCUGAGCUCAUUGACCAUGCAGGACUUGAUUCGGUUGUCUUCAUUCGUAUUUAUCUUCUUGGCUUGAAAAUGUUUGUGCCCAUAACUUUACUAGCUUUUGCGGUUUUAGUGCCUGUCAACUGGACAGGGGGAACACUAGAGCACAUCAAGGAUUUGACUUUCAGUGAUAUUGAUAAGCUAUCAAUAUCUAAUGUUCCAUCUGGAUCGAAAAGGUUUUUGGCACAUUUGGUUAUGUCAUAUGUCUUCUCGAUCUGGGCAUGUUAUGCAUUAUACAUGGAAUACAAGCAGAUAGCUGCUAUGAGGUUGCGAUUUCUGGCAUCAGCCGAUCGUCGCCCUGAUCAGUUUACAGUUCUUGUAAGAAAUGUCCCACCAGAUCCAGAUGAAUCAGUUUGUGAGCAUGUCGAACAUUUUUUCUGUGUAAAUCACCCAGAUCACUAUCUUCAGCAUCAGGCUGUUUACAAUGCCAAUAACCUUGCAACGUUGGUGGCGAAAAGAAAGAGUUUUCAGAAUCGGUUUACAUAUUACAAUAACAAACAUGAGAGAAAUCCUUCAAAGAGACCCACCACAAAGACAGGUCUAUGGGGUCUUUGGGGGACUACAGUGGAUGCUAUUGAUUACUAUGCUUCUGAGAUUGAGAAGCUGACUGAAGAAGAACGCACAGAAAGAGCAAAGAUUAUGAGUGAUCCUAAAUCUAUAAUUCCAGCAGCAUUUGUUUCAUUCAAAUCUCGAUGGGGAGCAGCUGUUUGUGCUCAAACUCAGCAAUCUAGUAAUCCAACUAUUUGGUUGACAGAAUGGGCUCCUGAACCUCGUGAUGUUUAUUGGCAUAAUCUUGCAAUUCCAUAUGUUGAACUUACAAUUAGAAGACUGCUUAUGGCUGUUGCACUUUUUCUGCUUAUUUUCUUCUUCAUGAUCCCAAUUGCAUUUGUUCAGUCUCUUGCCAACAUUGAAGGGAUUCAGAAGGUUUUCCCUUUUUUGAAGCCACUGAUAGACCUGAAGACUAUAAAGUCUCUCACUCAAGGCUUUCUUCCAGGGAUUGCACUGAAGAUAUUUCUUAUCUUACUUCCAACAAUUCUCAUGACCAUGUCAAAGAUCGAAGGAUUCACAUCACUUUCAACAUUAGAGAGAAGAUCAGCUGGGAAAUAUUUUUGGUUCAUACUUGUCAAUGUUUUCCUUGGAAGCAUUGUUACGGGGACAGCAUUUCAGCAACUUAAAUCUUUCCUUGACCAGCCCCCAACAGAGAUUCCAAAAACUGUUGGCGUUUCAAUCCCAAUGAAAGCCACAUUCUUCAUUACAUACAUAAUGGUUGAUGGUUGGGCUGGAAUUGCAGCAGAAAUCCUCAGACUGGUACCACUAAUAGUGUUUCACCUGAAAAAUACGUUUUUGGUUAAGACAGAUCAAGAUAGAGAGCAAGCAAUGGAUCCUGGUAGCUUGGACUUUGCAAUAUGUGAACCUCGAAUUCAAUUAUAUUUCUUGCUGGGGCUUGUAUAUGCGGUUGUUGCACCUAUACUUCUGCCUUUCAUCAUCGUCUUCUUUGCUUUUUCCUACAUUGUGUUUCGUCAUCAGGUUAUCAAUGUCUAUGACCAAAAAUACGAGACAGGGGCUGCAUUCUGGCCAGAUGUGCACCGGCGCUUGAUUAUCUGUUUAAUAAUUUCUCAACUUCUUCUCAUGGGUUUGUUGAGCACAAAGAAGGCUAUGCAGGCAACACCUCUGCUCCUUGCUCUGCCUAUUUUGACCAUCUGGUUUCAUAAAUAUUGCCAGGGGCGCUUUGAAUCUGCAUUUGUGAAAUUCCCCUUACAGAAUGCAAUGGUGAAGGACACGCUCGAGAGAGCAACCGAACCAAGCCUAAAUCUAAGAGCCUAUCUACAAGAUGCUUACAUACACCCAGUGUUUAAGGGCGGUGAAAUGGAGAGACCGAAGGUAGUCGACGAGGAGGAGAGCAGCCCACUUGUUCAAACGAAAAGGAAUUCUGUUAAGAGCAGCAAAAACAAUUCGGAAUCGGGCAAUGAAGGUGUAACUCCAGAUUUGUAAAGAAAAUUUUAUUGUUAUUAUCAUCAUCCUCUUUGCUGCCUUUUUCCUUUUUGCGUAAAUGAAUUAUUUAGCAGCAAAAAUUGGAGGCAAAUGUUGUUGGGUAUGUGUGAAUAAACAUAUUCCACUUACCUGCAUCUUACAAAUUGGUACCUCCUAGUUUUAUACCUUGUAAA